AUGCAAAUCGAGAUUACUCCGUAUUUGGAGAAAGCUGACGAAGACAAAAUCAGUGUCAUUUCCGAUGUCAGAUCAUUGAAAAAUACAAAUGAUUCAGAGUAUACUUUUACGAGUGACUCGGAAAAUGAGGUGCUGAGUCCUGGUGUGCAUAAUGCAAAAAUUUAUGGAAAGUACUAUACCGAACCUUACCAAAGAAUUAUGAUAUUUUUCUCAUUAUUUUUAAUCUGUUAUGCAUACGGGUUGGAUAAAAAAACCCGAACCACAUAUGUUACUUUAGCGACAUCAUCAUAUAAAGAACAUUCAUUAAUGUCCACUGUAACGUGCAUUACAAAAGUGAUAUCUGCGGCUGGUCAAAUUUGGUUUGCAAGAGCCUCUGACAUAUUUGGUAGAAAAUUAAUUUUCGGACUUUCUGUUAUUUUUUAUGUUAUCGGUACGGUUAUUGAGUCACAAGCAACUGAAAUUUCCAGAUACGCUGGUGGUGAAUGUUUAUAUGGUUUGGGUCAUGCUGGUAUAGUGUUAACUACAGAACUUUAUGCUGCUGAUUUCUCCAAUUUAAAUUGGAGAGUGGUUGCUGCCGCUGCUCCCAUGUUACCAAAUAUUAUAAAUACUUGGGUCAGUGGUAAUAUUACCGCUGACGUAGAUGAAAAUUGGAAAUGGGGUAUUGGAAUGUGGGCUUUUAUCUUCCCCAUUUCGUGUUUGCCUUUAAUUGGAUGUUUAUUGCAUAUGAGAUAUAAAGCUCAAAAAAAUAAUGAAGAGUUAAAACCAGUUUUUGUUAAACCUAGUAAUAUGUCUUAUAAGGAAUAUUUAGUAGAUGUAUUUUUUUGGAAGUCUGAUAUUAUUGGAUUAAUAUUGCUAGUCGGUGUUUUUGGUUUAGUCUUGGUCCCUAUUACGUUGGCAGGUGGUCUCAAUAAAAAAUGGAAUGAAGCUCAAAUAAUUGUUCCCGAAGUCUUAGGUUGGACGCUUGCGUUACCCUUAUACGUUUUCUGGGAAAACAAAUUUGCUAAAUAUCCUAUUAUUAAACUAGAGACAGUUAGGGACAGUGGUAUCUGGUCUGCUUUGUCUAUUUCCCUUUUCAUCGACUUUUGUUUUUACAUGCAUGAAACAUACUUGGUAACAUUUUUGCUUGUUGCUGUUAAUGAGUCCAAGAAAUCGGCUACGAGAAUCAAUUCAUUAUCGACAUUCGUUACUGUCAUCACUGGGUUUUUUCUAGGUUUAGCUAUUGUGAGAAUAAGAAGAACAAAAAUAUCAAUUGUUUUCGGUACUUUAGUUUGGUUCGUCGCCCAUGGUUUAUUUAUUGAAUAUAAUGGUGGUUUACGUUCACAUUCGGGUUUGAUUGGUGCUAUCUGUUUGUUAGGUUUUGGUAACGGUUUUAUAAGAUUUCCUGUAAGAGCCUCUAUUCAAGUAUCUGUAGGUACGCAUGAAAAGUUAGCUAUCGUGACUUCUUUAUUUUUAGCCGUUGGUAGUAUUGGGACUGCCAUAGGCUCUGCUGUUGCGGGUGCCAUAUGGUCAAAUGUGCUUCCAGGUCAAAUUGAGUCACGUAUUUCAAAUGCCACAAUUGCUGCAAGUGCCUACAGUUCACCAACUACAUUCAUUAAGAAAUACAAAUGGGGUACCGAAUACAGAACUGCAGUAGUUUCUGCAUAUGGCUAUGUUUGGAAAAUUUUAAACAUCACUGGUUUAGUGCUUGUUCUCCCAUUGUUAAUUUCCGCAUUGUUCUUAAGAGAUAGAAAACUGGAGAGUGUUCUUGCUUUCGAUGAAGUUACUGACACUGAGGGCUACUCAGAAAAUGAGAAAGUGCAGCAAAAGAAGCAUAAAUCAUUUAUGGAUUAUUUUAAUUAG